UGUAUACACAUGUAAUGAUACCACAACACCGCUCCACACCAUUUGCUAGUCUCCUCUCUUUCAACGCCACCACCUUUCCGUUAGUAGCCGCCUCUUCAAUACUACUCCUCUAGAUCUCUCUCUUUCUCUCUCUAGAUCUCUCUAACGCUAUAAGUACCAUUCAACAACACCAAACAUACACCUUAAUUUAUAUGUAUGAUCUCUAUAUUUCUCUCUUCUUUGUGAGUGCACUUCUCUUCUGUAUAUCUCCAUGGGAGAAGGAACCACCAAGCUUCCUCCUGGCUUCCACUUCUUCCCCUCCGACGAGGAGCUCGUCGUCCACUUCCUCCGCCGCAAGGUCGCGCUCCUCCCUUGCCAGCCCGACAUCAUCCCCGUCGUCGAUCAUCUCCAUCGCUACGACCCUUGGGAUCUCGAUGGUAAAGCUCUUCAAGCAGGCAAUCUAUGGUACUUCUUCAAUCGCACAAGGGACCAAAGUGGAGCCUCCCCAAGUGGAUAUUGGAGCCCUCUCGACGCCGACGAGCCGAUAGUGAGUGGUGGUAAAGAUGUUGGGUUGAAGAAGACCCUCAUAUUCUAUGUGGGGGAAGCUCCACAAGGAAUCAAAACCAAUUGGGUCAUGCAUGAAUAUCAUUUAGUAGAUGGUGGAGGCACAAGUGGUACUAGCUCAAGCUCUAAUAGGCCUUCUCUUAAGAAGAGAAGCCACCAAAGAUCAGAACACAAGAAGUGGGUCGUAUGCCGAGUCUACGAGUCGAGCUGCGGUCCACCAACAGGCUUCGGCGACGACGGAACCGAGCUUUCAUGCUUAGAUGAAGUGUUCUUAUCAUUAGAUGAUCUCGAUGAAGUAAGCUUGCCCAAUUAGAAUCAAUCCACAAGCUAGUACUUAGCUAUGUAAUUACACUCUUCAAAUUAAUGAAGUGUGUCAAAACUAGUACUUUUUUUCUUCAAUAUAUGUAAUAACAACGAAUGUACGUAUUAGAAUCCUUACUUUGAGCUAUUAAAGUGUAAAUCUUGUUUUUCCUUGAGUAUUUGAUAU